AUGGUUCCUCAACAAUUGGGAAAUCUCACCAAGUUGGAAGUCCUCGAUCUUGGUAAUGAAGAUGAAAAUUUGGUCAUGGAUGAUAUCCUGUGGUUCUCUCAUCUUCAAUCACUAAAGUACCUCGACGUGAGUGGCUCAAUGAUUGCGAAAGAAAGAGUUCUCAUGCAGGUACGUACUCUGUAUCUCAAUGACAACCUAAUCGAUGGUACUCUACCGUCAUCAUUAUGCGAUAUGGAGUUGAUUGAUUUAAAUCUUGCCAAUAAUAGCCUAUCUGGUAGUAUUCCAGAUUGUUGGAAGGAUUCUUUAUCAUUCUUGACUUUGUCAUUCAAUAAGUUGUCUGGAGUAAUUCCUAGCUCACUUGGAUCAUUGCCCCACCUUACCACCCUACACUUGAACGGAAACCGUCUCAAUGGGGAGCUUCCUCAAGCUUUAGAUUAUUGCACAAGUCUAACAAUUUUAGACCUUGGAGAGAAUAAUUUUUCCGGAAGCAUUCCCACGUGGUUUGAUGAAAGCUUUAACUCCUUGUUAAUCCUGAGGCUACGAGAGAAUCGGUUUGUCGGCAACAUCCCUCCGCAGCUCUGCUCACUAUCAAGAUUGAAAAUAUUAGACAUGGCAGUGAACAAUUUGACGGGAAUGAUCCCACAUUGUCUUGGCAACAUGAGCGGCAUGAUCAACUUGAAUCAAAUCAAUUCAUUUGGAUCUGUGGCCAUCACUCCUUUUGAAGCCAUUGAUUGGGGUCAAGAGCACGUGGUUGAGAUCAUGAAGGGAAGAUACAACGAGUACACCAGAAUUGUUCUGCAACUUGUGGUCAAUUUAGAUCUCUCUAGCAACUUUUUGAAUGGGUCAAUCCCUGAAGAACUCUCUUUCCUCUCAGAAUUGCAUGGCUUGAACUUGUCUCACAACCAUCUCUCCGGAAAUAUUCCCAUUGGCAUUGGGAACAUGACAUCACUCGAGUCUCUUGAUCUUUCAAACAACCAUCUCUCAGGGACAAUUCCGCAAAGCAUUUCAGCGUUAACAUCCCUAGCUCGCCUCAACUUGUCGCAAAACGACCUUAUGGGGCAAAUUCCAAAAGGGAAUCAAAUCCAAACACUCGACGAUCCUUCCAUUUAUGCUGGCAAUCCUCUACUCUGUGGUGAUCUUUUGAGAAACAAAUGCCUCAGCGCCAAGGCACCUCAACCACAAAAAAUCCCUCACCCUGAAGAUACACAUGAAGAGGAUAAGCUUGAUCGGACGUUGUUCUAUGCAGUCGUAAUGCUUGGAUUUACGAUUGGGUUCUGGGGCUUUUUCGGUGUUUUGCAGUUCAAGAAGGAUUGGAGACGAGCAUAUUUCAGCUUUGCAGAUCAGGUAGCACACAAGGCAUACGUGGCUAUAGUAGUGAAGGUAGCUAAGUUGAAGAGACUGAGAUUGUCAAGAAGCGUGUAA